AUGAAAGUUAUUGCUCUUCCCAAAGUAUUGAUUGCUGUGGUCUUGUUGUCCAUUUUGGCCUUGACAUGCAUGCCAUCUGCUGCACAUGCAAGAAUGCCUCUCCUCCACAAACGUGAUAUUCGUCGUGUCUUGAGAGAAGUCUUCCAAGAAUUGAGUAAUGAAUUUGCUUCAACCACCACCACCACAUUGAGUGAUGUCGACAUGUCUGCAACAACUUCCAACAAUGAAAUCCCAUGUCCACCAGCCAUGUUCAGAGCUGAUAAAGAUGUUGACUCCUUCUUGACUACUCUUCAAUCUCAAAAGUGUUUGGAUGAGAAAUUGGUUGCAUUGGAAACUUUUAUUGCUGCAUCUGCUCUUCCAUUCUCUUCUCAACAAGCAUUGAAGAUAAUUGCCGUGUUCAACAAGUUUGAUUUUGUGAGAAAGCAUGUAACUCAAACCUUGUUGUUGAGAGUGGUUGAAUUGCAAUCAUCAGAAGCCAUCUCAUUGAUUAAGAGUAUUACUGAAAAUGGUGCAGAGAGAUUGAAGAUUUUGGAUACCAUCAAAUCCAACAUCAAGGAUUUACAAGCCAACAAGGCAACCGUUGUGUCUUCAUUGUUCACUGAGGAAUCACUCAAAACUCAAGCCAAUACCAUGUUAAAUAACGUCAAGCCAUUCGAUUGUGUGUUUGGUUCAGUGAGUGGUGAUCGUCUCGUUUUCACUUUGGACAUCUCUCCAUCCAUGACCAUCAAAGUGUCCAAAGAUUCUCAAGUCACUCGUCUCGAUUUUGCCAAGCAACACUUGAUUCAAACUCUUCAAACAUUGAGACCAGAACAACAAUUUGAAAUUGUCUACUUUUGUGAGAAGAGCACACAAGUCUUUGGAGCCUUUGUCCCUGCAUCCACUGAAAAGAUCAAUUAUGCCAUUAAACAUUUGCAGUCAGUCAAGGAUUGUGGAUCUACCAAUAUCGAAGCAGGUAUGAAAUCAUCAUUCCAACUGAUCAAAUCGGCUGUGACUGGAACGAAUUCCGUUUACCUCUUGUCCGAUGGUAUUCCAACUGCUGGUGUUACUGAUGUGAAACAACUCGUUAGUAUGGUCAAACAAUGGUCUGAGCAAAGUAAUGUUAAAGUCAAUACCAUUUCGCUUUCAUUAGGUAACGGCGUUGGCAAUUUAUUUGAGAGUGAUGCAGAUAAGGAAAGUGCUGCACAUGUGAUGAGUCAAAUUGCAUUCGUUACUGGAGGUACCUACAAGAGACUUCAAAGCAAUUAA